AUCGAUGGGAGAGUCAUCGUUCGACACCCAGGCGGAUAUCCGCAGUGCGAGCGGAAGUCUGUCCCGGUUUGGUUAUCAACCAACUGCCGAGCAGAUGCUGUCUGGACAGGCGAAUCUUGACCACCCAACCAGGAACCUGGACACCACUGACCUGGAAGCUGUAGGCUCCUCCCCGGCGGACGCCGCUAGCUCUAUGCCGUCGAUUCUUUCUUCCAUUCUGGGUGCAGGUGCCCAGCCCUCUGUGACUGAUGCCCAACUUGACCCCGCCGAACAGAAGUCAAGGGAGCAGCUUAUCAGGCAGCUGGGUGAAGCAAUGGGCGUUAUUGGGGAUAACCCUCUUAGCCCCGGUGCAUCAACAGGGAAACCAAAAGGGGCACCAAACAAGGCUCAACAGCAGCAACAAAGUGUUGCUAUUGCAUUCGGUGAAUCAAGUAUGACAGGAACAAUGGAUUUCCUAAAGCCGCAGAAUCAACAGGGACAGUUUACUGAUGGUAGUUUAAUGUCCAACACCCCAGGACAACAACAAGAACAGACGAUUGGUGGUUUGGAUCAGAGUAUGUUCGGACAGGAUCUUAACAUGUUCGGCUAUGAUAUGAACACAGCGCAGACAGAGCCGGAUAUUCCAUCCAAGCAACAAAUGACAAAACCACAACCAACCAAGCCUGAGUCUCCUAAAUCUCCCCAGGCAUCAGAGUUAGAAAAACUUCUCCAAGGUACAGGUUUGGACAUGACCAGCCUCCAGGCCGUUGGAUUCAGUAUAGAGGACCUUAUAGGAGCUCCCUCGCAAUCACAACCGACUACAUCUACAACCACUAAACCUACGAUGAAGCCAGCUACCACUCCGGCUCCAAUAGAGACACCAGUCGAUAUUGGUAUGGCAGGCAUGACAUUAGAACAUAUGAUGACCAUUCUUAACAUGGAACAACAGUCAAAAGGUUUAGGGGCGUCCACGGAACCAACUGGGACGCUUUCUGACCCCUUAUAUCCCGCACAACUCGGUAAAGCGGCGCCGCCCAAUCCGACUCAGCAGGUUGUUGAAGUGCGACCCGAUUCCGCCCAAGUUGGUGAUUUCUCGUCACAAUCGAUCGAGCCAAAUCUCAUUGGUCUACCAGAACAGACAAAGACAUACGAUUCUCAGAACCAGCCUUUACAAAAUGCACAAAACUUAAAUUUUAAACAAGGUAUGUUUGAUGUAAUAGAAACGAAAACCAAGGUUAUUGAUGGUCCUUCAAGAACUGACGCUUCUCUUAAAAGUGAUCGAACGAACACCCAAGGGCACAACCCGGAUAAAGUUACCAUAAAAACCCUACAAUACCCACCCAUAUCUGGUACACAGUAUCCACCCCUUCCAGAAACACAUUAUUCACCAGUGGACAAGUCAAAUCCGUUUGAAACAAUCCUCUUGGAAGCAACUAAUACCGGGCCCGUUAUUGAACGCAAGGGUAACUCAGGUUCAGGCUCUUCGUCCUCUUCAAUGUCACAAGCCUCUUCGCAGUCGUCUAUGAAUUUUAUGGGAAUGUUUGGCGGGUUGUCUGACGGAUCUAAUCAGGGGAAGGGUACCAAUCCUGGUCCUGAAGCUUUUGCUCAGUCUGGUCCAUCAUCUUUGACUGCAGAACAACUUGAUGCAUAUAUGACUGGUUCGUUAGGCAUGACAAACACUGGUCAGUUACCAUCUCUCACAGGAAAUGCACAAAUUGAAACAAUGCUUGAAACUUCAUCGUCAACUAAAGCGACUGAACCUUCUUACACUGCACCAUCAGGAAUUAUGGCUGAUGUGGCAACAAAUGGGACAGCCUCUCUGGAGUUUACACAAAAAGAGCUUGCGGCUAUGGAGAACGAUCCUCUGCUUGGUUUAUUCGGAGGUGACUUAGGGGCUUUGCAGAAUUUUAUCAACCACGGUGUCAUCGAUCAAAUGGGCGACCAGGGUAUGGGGGUAGGUGCUAGCAAACUACAAGGGUCUUCACAAGUUACUGUUGAAAGUAACACACAGACAGGAGCUGGUUCUUUCUUGCAAAAUACUUCAGAACAAAUGGAUUCACAGGGAAUACAGGGCACACUAGGCGAUGCAGCAAUGGAUCAGUACUUACAGCCGAGCAUGUCUGGCGCGCAGGAUUCAACCGCUGCUUCCCAACAAUCGGCUAGUAGUGCAACCCAAGCUGCACAAAAUGAGAUGAUGGCAUUGGAGCAAUUCAUGGCGGCUAACGCCGGUGGAAACGCAAAUAAUGCAUUUGCUCCGAUGCAAGGUCAAGGUUAUCAGGGAAAUCAAAAUAUCGACAUGGCGGCGAUGCAGCAGUUUUUGACAGCCCAGGGGAUGAUGGGCGCUAACCCUCAACCUGAACCACCUCAAACAGACUACGGGACAUUCAUGGGCAAUUUCCAAUAAUCGGGAAUGGAUAUGGGAGCCCAGUCACCUACCAUUAGCCUUGCAGACCUUUUGUC